AUGAAAAUCGCCUACACAACGGCUCUCCUUUUUCUCUUGUCGUCCCCCAGCGUCACCUCCUACAGUAUUCCGCAGUCGGAUCUGGUCGCUCGUGAUAUAGCCCCAGUCGAUUCAUAUCGAGGCCCAGAUCUCGAGAAACGUCGAGGAGGAGGCGGCGGUGGACGAGCUGGCGGAAGCGGAGGAUCCAGUGGGGGACGCAGUGGAAGCGGCGGAAGCAGUAGUUCAUCGAGUGUCGGGGGACGUCCAGGAGGCUCUAGUAGCAGUCGCAUUGGCGGAUCCUACUACGCUGGCGGUGCCGCAUCUUCAUACAGGGCCGGCACGCGAUCACCUCUGGGAAUCUCUCCUUUCCUUUUGCCUGUCGCUGCACUGGCCAUCUUUCCUGGUAUCUGGCUCUACGGAGCCUAUGCAUAUCCCUACAGUCAUCAUUACAACUAUACAAAUGAGACUUCCCGCCAAAACGAGUCAUUGCCGGUAGUCUGCUUGUGUCAAGAAUACUCGGAUUGCGGCUGUGAUGAUAACAAUAACAGCACCUACUAUCAAUCGCUGUUCAAUGGCACUCAACCUGUGAAUUCAAGUAUCGCCAAGGUUGUCAAUGCCAACGGAACCGAGACCAUCUACAUCAACGGAACUGAGCCGAAUGCAACGACGCCUACGAGCUCGUCCACCUCCUCAGCUCCCGCGACAGCUCUCCUUGAGGCCAGCGGGUACUGGGUUAUGGUCGCUCUGGUGGCUAGCAUGGUCUGGGCGCUAUGA